AUCGUGUAAAGUCAGUGCGUUUUGAAUAACGCGCGCGGAAAGCACUCUUUUGACGCUGUACUUUUUGCAAAGGCGAAAAAGCCUUGAAAAGAGUUCCAUUUAAGAAGAAAGUGAACACAGUUUAAAAAGGGCUAUUUUGGAAAACGCAUUGUAGAAAAUGAAGUGUUUUAGUUGCCUAGUGCUCUUAAUGUACCUUGGCGCCUGUGCAGCUUUCGGUCAGUAUCACAUGCGACACUAUAACAGCCGACAAGUGGACUCCAGUGAGGAGGAUGACACGAAUACAGUGUUGCGCUCCUAUCGCCGCUGCAUGUGGGAACAAUCGAAAUUUCUACCCCGUCGCCUGGUGUUGCUCAGCUUAUGUGCGAAUUUGUUUUGUGAAAAUAAUCAAAUCGUACCACGUUCCAGGUCUAUUUUUGUAGUGGAAAAGAUGUCUAGACCCAACGACUGCCUGGACAUUUUGCCCGACCAAUGCGAGCAAGGCGAUGAGGAGGAGCUCAUGUAUAAACCCUUCCCCGAUUGCUGUCCAGUCUAUUGUAAUCUCAAGAGACGCAUGCAACGCCUGAAGACAAUGCACUACCGACAUCGGAAACUUUUGAAUUUGCAACAACAACAAGCGCAGUCAGAUUUACUGCUUGGCAACUACAAUGUGGAUGAUCUGGGCUUCAGAUAAGUGCGUCGGCAAGGAUGCCGCAAGCGCACACUUGGCAGUGCUGCAAGCGCAAAAGUGCCCAGUUUUGUGAGAAGAAAAAAGUUUUUUUUUGAAUUAAUGAAAAUUCAAUAUAGUGGCUCGUAAUAAAACUCGAAGUGUGAAGUGUUGUAUUUA